CCGUAUUUUGUGUUCUCGUGCCUGGGAGGGGUUAGUAAUGUGUGGUGGGCGGGCCAGAGCGGUGUGCCGUUCGUCUUGUUGUGUUUUCGGGUACUCGCUUCGCCAUCUUGUUGCAAUCCCUCUACGUGUGUAGAAGGCUCCUCGCGACAGGGGAUCCGGAUACUUUCCCCCUCUACGUUUCAGGAGACCAAGAUAAAGGGGUCCCGUCAGAUAGAACUAACUUAAAAUACACACAAACAACAGAUACCCUCUGCAACAUAUCAACGUUAUUAACUCGCGACCGACUUCUGCUAUCCCGGGAAGAGAUGAGCAUCGACACGCUUUUGGAAGCAGCCAGGUUUUUGGAAUGGCAAACCCAACAACAGAUAACACGUGAGGAGAGCCAGCGGCGGGAGAAGGUUCUCCAGGAGCGGGAGGUGGAGCAGAGGAGGGAGGCGGCGACGUUGGCGCAUCCUGUGCGAGUGAACCAUGUGACCUGGGGGGAGGAGCCUCCCAUGGAGCACCAGCUGACCCCGGUCCCGCCCCCUCCGCUCCCUCCCCCCGUGCCCAUCACCGUCAUUCCCAUCCCCGUGGUGCCGGGUAGCCCCCCCGCCUUGGCCCCGCCCACCGCUGCGCUGUCCCCGCCCACUGCGCCUCGCCUCAGCCCCGCCUCCCCGCCGCAGCACCAGCGCCCCCUGCUGGCCCAGGUGAAGCUGGAGCCGGGCUCCCCGCCCCACUCCGGGAGUCCCAGCAUGCAACUGCAACCGCAGUCACAACUGCAACCACCGCAACACCAACCCCCGCAGCUGCACCAGCCGCAGCAGCAGCAGCAGCCCCCGCCCCUGCAGCCCUACCCGGGAACCAUCGUCUCCACCUCCCAGCAUGCCCUGCCCCCGCAGCCGGCCCUGCUCCAGGCCCCGCCCCCACAGCCCGCUCGCCCCUCCUCCCUAGAGGACGCCCGCCACCUGGACAGCAAGAGGAGGCCUGGCGGGGCAGGGACACGAGAGGUGCACAACAAACUGGAGAAAAACAGACGUGCGCACCUGAAGGAGUGUUUUGAGACGCUGAAGAGGAACAUUCCCCACGUGGACGAGAAGAAGACCUCGAACCUGAGCGUGCUCCGGAGCGCCCUGCGCUACAUACAGACGCUGAAGAGGAAGGAGAAGGAGUACGAGCACGAGAUGGAGCGCCUGGCGCGGGAGAAGAUCGCCACGCAGCAGCGAUUGGCCGAGCUGAAGAACGAGCUCAGCCAAUGGAUGGACGUGAUGGAGAUCGACCGCGUCCUGCGGCAGACGGUGCAGCCCGAGGACGACCAGGCAUCCACCUCCACGGCCUCGGAGGGUGAAGAUAACUUUGACCAGGAUGUGGAUGAUGACCUGCUACCCGCCACGCCCACUGCUCUCCCAAAAGUGCCUCAAUCGCUGCAGCCCGAGAUCCGCCAAGCCCCGCCCCAGGCCGCACCCCUGGCCCCGCCCCUGGCCGCACCCAUGGCCACGCCCGUCAUCCUCCCCCAGCACCUCCCCAUCCAGCACAAGCCCCUCCCGGCGCCCUCUCUGGCCCCGCCCCCCCAGGGCCCAGGCCACGCCUCCACGCUCCCGGCCAUGCUCCCGGCGCACUCGCGCAUCGCCACGGCGACGGCGCUGCAGCCCACGGUCAUCGCCCACGCCGCGCCCGUCUCCCACGCGUCCGUCAUCCAGGCCGUCAAUCACGUGAUGCAGGCGGCGCCCAAGCACGUGGCCCACAUCGCCCCCCACCAGGGCCCCGCCCCCGGCUCCGCCCCCUCCGUGGCCGUCUCCGCCCCCUCCAACGGGCCGCAGCCCAUUGGCCACAUCACGGUGCACCCCGUGGCCCAUCUCCCCGCCCUCUACUCCCAGCCCGUGGCCGUCACCCAGUCGGCGGUGGUGGGCCACAUCGCCCACACGCUAAGCCACACCCACGCGCAGGUGAACGGCUCCGCCCCCGGGCCCCAGGUGGGGGCGCAGAUGGUAGCCCAUCACCCGCAGCUGGUGGGACAGACCGUCCUCAAUCCCGUAACCAUGGUUACCAUGCCCUCCUUCCCCGUCAGCACCCUCAAGCUGGCCUGAGGGGUUGGGGGGGGGGGAGGCGCUGGUCACUAAAAAUUAACAGGUGGGGGUUGAGAGACACACACAUACAGACACACCUGCUGACAAUAGAACAUCAAAAUCCAGAUGAAACAAAAACAUUUUCAAAGACCGCAUUAAGAAAAUAAGCAUUAUAACUGUAAAAAAAACUCCGUACAUUCCCAAGAAACCUGAUUUUAUUUAAUUUUUUAUU